UAUUACAGUGCACGAUGUACGGGAUGUACCAUUCUCAAUCAAGUUGAGAUUUAACACGCGUCAUUAGUUAGGAGACAAAACAAAGAGCUACUUGUAAGACUUGGCGAAAAAGAGUUUUUUUGGGUGAAUCUUCGCAAAGUGAAAGUGUACCGUACCCAUAGUCUAGUCUAUGGGAAAGAAUCGAAAAACGAAAUGCUCUGAACUCUGAAGCAUUUCAUCACGAGCAGUCGACCUCUUCGAUCUUGGGAUCCAUUAUCAACAACAACACAGUUUCGGUGGAACAUUGUAUGAAGAAAUUCCGUCCCGAACCCUCAACCUUUCCUGUUCGAGAGACUGCUACACUUAGAGAGGAGACGAUCUCUGGGGCAAGGAAACCAUUGCGUGUUGAGUGGUACAACAAACUCCCUUCACAAAAGACGCCGACACGCCGACCAUAAACAGGACUUGCCUCGUUUUCUUCUCUCCCAGAGACCGGUCUCAAACUGUGCAAUAGAGGGAAAGGAUUCCAGGCGUCUCCCUUUUUCAAGCACAGAAUAAUAGUGCUGCAACUCACGUCGACCAAGAAGGACAACCCUGGUGAUGGCCUUGCCAGUGAGAAAAUCAAGGGUCUGAAGCGGGAGACUGCAAAAGGAACUCCACGCGCAAAGAAAAGCACAGAGAAAAGAUACAUUGCUAAGGCACCAGAAAAGACUGUGUUCGAACAGGAGGCAAUGGCUGAAGCAACGGCUGCCGACGGCGACAUGCCAGGAAUGAAACGGAAAUUGUCCGAUACAAGUGACCAACAAGACAGUCAGCUUGAGACCGUCACAAUAUGCAAGGGCAUGCGGACAAUGGAGAACGACGAGCUCUUGCUUCCACAACGGUUUGAAGGCAUUGGGCAACCACUGCCAGUUGCUUACGCCGGAGGGCCUAUCCCCUUUCUACCUGAGCCCGACUUGGUCGGCCCAAAACCUCAGCCAAUGCCAACCCCAACUCUACAAAGGCAAAGAGAGUCAGGAAUCCCUGGAGCCUUUAGCGUACGCGGUAUUUGUGCGUCUGCUGAUGAUCAGACAACAGUUGCUCCCGCCAUUACCGGUGAGGACGAAAGCAUGUCCGAAGCACCACCAGCCACACUAUUCGAGGCUGUCAAGGUUGAGGAUGAAAGGGCCCAGAUUGAAGAGGAGAUUAGGGAACAAGUUGAAAGUGAGAUACGGAAUAGAGUAUUGGAAGAGGCCGUGCAGGCUGACGUUGUGAAGACAGAAGUACCUUCGGAGAGAAAGCUCGUCCGUCCUGCCAAUUUGGCUCUCCUGUUGAUAUGUGUGCUUGCACUUGCCCUCGGCUUGACAUUGGGAUUGUCCAAUGGCGACCAUAAUGUUCCUGAAGAAAGCAAGAAAACGGCUCAAGGGAGCUCGGAGGUGACAGACGCACGUUCAACUAUUGACAUGAUCAAAGAACGAGGGUACGUCAGGUGCGGCCUUUUGCCUGCGUGGGCCUGGAACGAUGAUACAAAACAGCCAGUAGAAGAUGAAAUGACAGUGAAAUACUGUAGGGCAAUGGCACUGGCAGCACUCGGAGAUUCCAGCAAGAUUGAACCUGUGUGGGUUACUUUUGGUACAAGGUUCAUACUUCUUGCCAACAACUCGAUUGACAUAACGCUUACCAGAGAUACGCAUAGCAUGGAACGAGAUAUCAACGAGAAAGGCAGCAACGUAGGGUUCUCUUUCACUACCCCGUUUUCGUACACUGGCAUGAUGUUUGCAGGAAUUCCAUCCUUUGUUGACUGCGCAGAGGCUCUGGACAGUUUCAGUGGUCACUGUCGCGAUUUGAAGAUCUGUGUGGUAGUGAACACGACAUACAUUGAUGCCUUGACCAAGAUUCUGGAAGGUGGGGCUAUUGUUCCUAGUACCAAUGACCCCUCUGGUGUCCUGGCCCAGGAUAGCUUUCUUGAAGAAAACUUCCUCUUGGGGAAAUGCAAUGUGCUGGCUGGAUCCUUUAAUCGGAUGAGCAAGUUUCUGAAAACUUAUGAUGGCGAAUGGAAGGUUGGCUCAAAGGUCUUCUCAAGGGACCCAAUUGCAUUGACUACAAGAGACAGUGACCCACAAUGGUCCGCUUUGGCCUCUCUGGUUGUCAAUGCUUUCUUGAUUGCAGAGUCUCACAAUAUCACGAAGGCGAAUGCUCACUUGAUGUCAGGCCUAGUAGCCGAAGAUGAGACAUCUCUUGUCACAAGUUCCCUGAGGAGUGGGAGCCAAAGCCACAGCAAAAACGAUACAAGGCUAGGUUCGCUCCUUGUGGCUUUGGUUUCUGAGUUUGGUAACCAUGGUGAUCUGUACGGCAGCAAACCCAGGGUUCCACGUGGUAAUGGUUUGAACAGAUUGUACAGCAAGGAUCAAACAUCUGGCCUGUUGUAUUCAUUUCCCUUGGGUGGACUCAAUGUCCUUGGACCCGGGCCUGCUCCCAACAGCGCCCUGGCAACUGUACUUGAUCGGGGCUAUCUGGUUUGUGGUGUCCUGCCAUCUCGAGGUCCAGCUUUCGCAGUUGGGGUCAACUCGAGCAACGGAACCGACUGGUCUGGGUUUGACGUUGGAUUCUGUCAAGGCAUAGCUGCUUCCCUCUUUGCAGGUGACCAGGACAAUGUUGUCUAUGUUGAGCUGGUGGACCAGACCGAAUCCUAUUUUGCCUUGCAGAAUGGCACAGUGGAUGUGGUAGCCGGUGCCCGAGUCACCCUUCAAGCACAAUACCGAGAGCAAACUACAGGUCAAGGGUUUUCCUUUUCCGCCCCCUUCUAUUACGACCAGAACGGCAUGGAUGCUUUUGCCUUGAUGACACGCAUGCAUGAUGUUCAGUGGAGUGACUGGGUGUUUUGGAUUGUCAUGGCAACUAUCUAUGCUGAAGAAGAAGGCAUCACUUCCGAAACUUCCUUCAACAUGCCAGUGACAAGGCUCUUUGGUGAUCCUUUGAAGCAAAUGCUUCGGGACUGUGUCUCUGCGGUUGGCUCUUACGCUGAACUGUACAACCGAACUGUUGAUCCCUACAUUCCCCGAUCCAGUGCCAACAGGCUGAAUGAGGGGCUCUCUGGUGCUCAGCUAUUUCCUCUUCCGGUUCGUUAGGAAAGGGAUCAUUUUUGUUUUGAACUAGAAAUGCAAAAGGAACCUGUGAAUGGGUUCUUUUGCAACAAUUUUGCAUCUGAAACGAUGGAUCAUUGCGAAUGCUUUCGCAAUGGCAAACCUGCAUCUUAAUAUCCUACAUAGCACUAUGUAUAUUUGCAC